GGCGGCGGCGGUGGCGGCGGCUGCUGUUCUUCGGUGCGCGGCGGAACGCGCCGGGCGGUGGCCCUGACGGAUUUACAAUGACAUCCUUUCAAGAAGUCCCAUUGCAGACUUCCAACUUUGCUCAUGUUAUCUUUCAAAAUGUGGCUAAAAGUUACCUUCCUAAUGCACACUUGGAGUGUCAUUACACCUUAACUCCAUAUAUUCAUCCACAUCCUAAAGACUGGGUUGGUAUAUUCAAGGUUGGCUGGAGUACUGCUCGUGAUUAUUACACAUUUUUAUGGUCUCCUAUGCCUGAACAUUAUGUGGAAGGAUCAACUGUGAAUUGUGUACUCGCAUUUCAAGGAUAUUACCUUCCAAAUGAUGAUGGAGAAUUUUAUCAGUUCUGUUACGUUACCCAUAAGGGUGAAAUUCGUGGAGCAAGUACUCCUUUCCAGUUUCGAGCUGCUUCUCCAGUUGAAGAGCUCCUCACUAUGGAAGAUGAAGGAAAUUCUGAUAUGUUGGUGGUGACCACAAAAGCUGGCCUUCUUGAGCUGAAAAUUGAGAAGACCAUGAAAGAAAAGGAAGAAUUGGUAAAGUUGAUCGCUGUUCUUGAAAAAGAAACAGCACAGCUUCGAGAGCAAGUUGGAAGAAUGGAGAGAGAGCUGAGCCAUGAGAAAGGGCGAUGUGAACAGCUGCAGGCUGAGCAGAAGGACUUUCUUGAAGUAUCACAAAGUUUGAGAAUGGAAAAUGAAGAGUUGAUGAAGAGAUACAGUGAGGCUACAUCUAAAGCUCAACAGCUUGAAGAAGAUAUUGUGUCAGUGACUCAUAAGGCAGUUGAAAAAGAAACUGAGCUAGACAGUUUGAAAGAUAAACUCAGGAAGGUACAGCAUGAAAAAGAACAACUUGAAUGUCAGCUGAAGACAGAAAAGGAUGAGAAGGAGCUUUAUAAGGUACAUUUGAAGAAUACAGAAAUAGAAAAUACCAAGCUUAUGUCAGAAGUACAGACUUUAAAGAAUUUAGAUGGAAACAAAGAAAGCAUGAUUGCCCAGCUCAAAGAAGAGAUCGACAAACUGCAGUCGUGCUUGGUUGAAAAGGAAAAUUUGUACAUGGCUCUCCUUACAGCCUCAAAUAAAGAAGAUCCAGUACUUCUGAAGGAGAAACUUCGGAAAGCAGAGGAUCAAGUUCAGGCAACACGGCAAGAAGCUGUCUUCCUGGCUAAAGAGCUCAGCGAUGCUGUGAAUGUGAGAGAUAGAACAAUGGCAGAUCUGCACACUGCACGCCUGGAGAACGAGAGGGUGAAGAAGCAGCUCGCAGAACUCCAGUUAAAUGCUGCAAGGAAAGACCAGGAAAAGACUGAUACACUGGAGCAUGAACUGAGGAGAGAAGUUGAAGAUCUGAAACUCCGGCUGCAGAUGGCUGCAGAUCAUUAUAAAGAAAAGUUUAAGGAAUGCCAGAGGCUCCAAAAACAAAUAAACAAACUUUCAGACCAGUCAGCCAGUACUAACAGUGUCUCCACAAAGAGAAUCGGGAAUCAGCAGAGAGUGAAUGAUGCUUCAGUAACCACGGACCUGGCCACUUCUGCUUCUGCUGUGGAUGUCAAGCCAGCAGUGUCUUCUGCAGAGACAGAUUUUGACAUGUUAACAAAGGAUCAUGUCUGUGAAAUGACCAAAGAAAUUGCUGAGAAAACAGAAAAGUAUAAUAAAUGUAAACAACUCUUGCAGGAGGAGAAAACCAAAUGCAAUAAAUAUGCUGAUGAACUUGCAAAAAUGGAGCUGAAGUGGAAAGAACAAGUAAAAAUUGCUGAAAAUGUAAAACUUGAACUAGCUGAAGUAGAGGACAAUUACAAAGAACUUAAAAGAAGUUUAGAAGAUCAAAAAGGAAGAAAAAUGGAAGAUCAGAGUUCCCAACAGGCCUCGAGAUGUCUCAACACAUGCUCUGAGCAAAAUGGGCUUCUUCCUACACUGCCAAAUGCACAGCCAGUUCUGCAGUAUGGCAACCCUUACACAGCACAGGAAAUGCGAGAUGGAGCAGAUGGUGCUUUUUAUCCAGAUGAAAUCCAGAGGCCACCAGUGCGAGUCGUGUCUUGGGAAGACAAUGUUGUCUGUAGCCAGCCUGCUCGAAACCUUAGCCGGCCGGAUGGUUUAGAAGACCCUGAGGAUAGCAGAGAAGAUGAGAAUAUGCCUGUUCCUCCUGAUCCAGCCAGUCAGCAUUUACGUGGUCAUGGAGCAGGCUUUUGCUUUGAUUCCAGCUUUGAUGUUCACAAGAAGUGUCCCCUCUGUGAGUUAAUGUUCCCUCCCAACUAUGAUCAGAGCAAAUUUGAAGAACACGUUGAAAGUCACUGGAAGGUGUGCCCAAUGUGCAGCGAGCAGUUCCCUCCCGACUAUGACCAGCAGGGGUUUGAAAGGCAUGUUCAGACCCAUUUUGAUCAGAAUGUCCUAAACUUUGACUAGCCUUCAUUAUGAGUUAGUACAAUUUAGCAAUUAAAACAAAAAACAACUCAGCUAGAGACUAAGGAGACUCCAAGGUGUCGCUCUCAUGCUCUUCCACUUUCUGAUUGAGAACUACUUUUGAGUGCGGUGUUGCUAGGGCCAGGGUACAGCUUUGACUACAGUAAAUACAGUUUUGAUCUCUGUUAAUCUUGUCUGCUUUAAGAAAGUUGUUAGGUGUUUCUAUUUGUCCCCCAGUUAGAAAAAGUAUAUGAAGAAAGACACAGGAAUUAUUUUCAUGUUACUGAACUGAAAACAUAUGUGUGAUAGUUGUAGAUUAUUUAGCACAAUCAGAAGAUAUACAAGUUUCUGUUCACGGUGAUUGAGCAUGACUACUAUUACAUAAUAAAAAGCAUCGAUCAUAACAGUUCUGUGAAAUAAUUCUUUGAAUAUAGAAAACUUGCAAUUUAGUCAAUAAAUCUUUCUUAGAUAUGGAACUGCAUGUAGAUUGAGAUCACAGACUUGAGAUACUCUUUUUUAAUAUGAAAAACACUGGCUCUAGGAAUUAAUAUAGGCAUAUUUUGCUAAUUUUAUGCUAAUAAAUAAAUUUUAAAAAUGAAAA